ACAUUAUAAGUAAGAAGAUUCAAAACUUCGUAUCUAAACGAUUUGUCGUAUAAUUUCUUUCAAGAAACGGCAUGUCGUGUAAUGAUCUCGUUUACUUUCUCUUCUCCACUAAGUAACAUCGUUUGUAAAAAUAUGGAAAAAAGAAACAAAUUAUAUAAAUAUUGCCGACAUUUUGGAACAGUGAGAUGUUCUAAGCUCUAGAUUGUUCAAACAACAAUGGUAGCUAGCUAAGACUCCUGUACAGUACUGUAUCUAUUCUCUCCUUCAUCAUGGGAAGCUUCAGACUUUAUUCUUCUUCGACAUUUCAUGUCAAUGCCAUAGCUGUUCUUUGCGUGGUCGGAUUUUGGAUCUCCCAAUUCAGAUGUACAGAAGGGUUCGACUCUCUUUUACAGCUCCCACAAUAUGGGUCACCAACAACUCCACUCAGAUCCAAAAGGGUUCUUUCCCUUUGUGAUUUUGGUGCCAAGGGAGAUGGUAUUCAUAAUGAUACCAAGGCUUUGAUAAAAGCUUGGGAGAAAGCUUGUUCAUUUUCUGUGAAGACAACCAUUGUAGUCCCUGCUAGAAAUACUUACUUAAUUUAUCCUAUUUAUCUUGGAGGGCCUUGUCGUUCAAAGGUCACUAUAAGGAUAUCUGGAACCAUCACUGCUCCAAAAGAUCCCAAAGCCUGGUCUGGUUUGAAUGCACGUAAAUGGCUUUACUUCUAUGAGGUGAACCACCUCACCAUUGAAGGAGGAGGCACAAUCAAUGGGAUGGGACAUGAAUGGUGGUCUCGGUCUUGCAAGCGCAACCCAAAAAAACCAUGUCGACAUGCUCCUACUGCUAUUACAUUCCACAAAUGUAAGAAUCUGAAAGUGAAGGACCUAAUGCUUGUUGAUAGCCAACAAAUGCACAUGGCAUUCACUAACUGUAUCCGGGUUUUAGCGUCAUACCUCAAACUCGUUGCACCUGGUUCUAGUCCUAACACUGAUGCAGUCCACAUUAGCUCAUCAAGAAGCGUUGAGAUCAAACACAGCAUAUUCAAAACAGGUGAUGACUGCAUUUCUAUUGUUGGUAAUUCUUCACGGAUUAUGAUACGUGAUAUUUCCUGUGGCCCAGGUCAUGGGGUUAGUAUUGGAAGCUUGGGAAAGUCAAAGUCAUGGUCAAAUGUGCAUGAUGUAACGGUAGAUGGGGCUUUCUUGUUCAAUACUGAAAAUGGGUUGAGGAUUAAAACUUGGCAGGGUGGGAGUGGUUUUGCUUCAAAGAUUUUAUUCAAAAACGUGUUAAUGGAGAAUGUAUCAAAUCCAAUUAUAAUAGAUCAAUAUUACUGUGACUCUCAGACACCAUGCCACAACCAGACUAUGGCGGUUAAAGUGAAGAACAUAUCUUUCAUUCACAUUAAAGGGACUUCUGCCACAGAGGAAGCAAUACAAUUUACUUGCAGUGAUGACUUACCCUGUGAAGGGUUGUAUUUAGAAGAUGUUCAACUUCAAUCAUGCAUUGGCGAAACGACCAGGUCCUCUUGUUGGGAGGCAUAUGGCUCAAGUUUCGGUUUAGUUGAUCCACCAGCUUGUUUUUCAGUCUUUGAUGGCUUCAUCAAAGAGCCAGGAAUAUCAAAUAGCUAUUCACGCGUACAGAGCAGUUAAUAUAGCUUGCCAUUUUCAGAAACGUGGCCGAGUGAUUAUUUAUACAACCAUAUUUUGAGAAGGGGAGUUUGUUCUCAGAUUUUUAUACUAUAAUUGUUGUAAAUAAUAUUUAUAAGCAUUUUGAUAAGGAUGGCGAUGUAAAUAUCCAAUUGUUUGUUAAUAAAAUCAUACAACUUUUUAUUUUGCUCA